CUGCUUCCACCUCCCAGCGCCUAGACGCCUGCGGCCCCCGAGCAGUGGCCGCGCCGCGCCAGCCCCCGCGCGCAGGACCCCGCCGGCGGCGCCCGGCAGCCCCGGGCUGCGCACGCCAUGUCCUACCCACAGUUUGGAUAUCCCUACUCCUCGGCUCCCCAGUUCCUGAUGGCCACCAACUCCCUGAGCACGUGCUGCGAGUCGGGCGGCCGCUCGCUGGCGGACUCCGGGUCUGCUACCUCGGCCCAGGCGCCCGUCUACUGCCCGGUCUACGAGAGCCGGCUGCUGGCCACCGCGCGCCACGAGCUCAACUCAGCUGCGGCGCUGGGCGUCUACGGCGGCCCCUACAGCAGCUCGCAGGGCUACAGCAACUACGUGACCUACGGCUCCGAGGCGUCCGCCUUCUACUCGCUGAACAGCUUUGACUCCAAGGAUGGGCCAGGAUCUGCGCAUGCGGGCCUGGCACCAGCCGCCGCAGCCUACUACCCCUAUGAGCCGGCCCUGGGCCAGUACCCCUACGACAGGUACGGGACCAUGGAUGGCAGCACGCGGAGGAAGAACGCCACGCGCGAGACCACCAGCACGCUCAAGGCCUGGCUGCAGGAGCACCGCAAGAACCCCUACCCCACCAAGGGCGAGAAGAUCAUGCUGGCCAUCAUCACCAAGAUGACCCUCACGCAGGUCUCCACCUGGUUUGCCAACGCACGCCGGCGCCUCAAGAAGGAGAACAAGAUGACCUGGCCGCCGCGGAACAAGUGCGCCGACGAGAAGCGGCCCUACGCAGAGGGCGAGGAGGACGAGGGCGGCGAGGAGAGUGUGCGGGAGGAGCCCCUCAAGAGCUCCAGGAGCGAAGAGUCCGUCCACAAAGAGGAGAAGGAGCUGGAGCUCAGUGACCUGGACGACUUCGACCCUCUGGACACGGAGACCCCGGAGUGUGAGCUGAAGCCGCCCUUUCAGCCCCUGGACGGCAGCCUGGAGCGCGUCCCCGCCAUGCCCGACGGCCCGGGCAAGGAGGCCUCCAGCGUGCUCCGGAUGCCCCUGGCUGGCGGCAGAGCCACUCUGGACGAGGACUUAGAGAGGGCCCGGAGCUGCCUCCGGAGCGCAGCAGCCGGGCCCGAGCCACAGCCAUGCGCAGAGGGCGGCCCCCAGGCCUGUGAGGCCAAACUGGCCUUCGCGCCAGCUGGGGCAACGGCGGGCCUGGAGGCCAAGCCCCGCAUCUGGUCGCUGGCUCACACAGCCACCGCCGCCGCCACAGCUCUGAGCCAGACUGAGUUUCCAUCAUGCAUGCUCAAGCGCCAGGGCCCCGCUGCCUCUGCGGCUGCAGUCUCCGCGCCCCCUACAGCCUCACCUGUGGCCCCGGCACCCCCAGGACCCCUGGACAGGCACCAGGACUCCCCGGUGACGAGCCUCAGAAACUGGGUGGACGGAGUCUUCCAUGACCCCAUCCUCAGGCACAGCACUUUGAACCAGGCCUGGGCCACCGCCAAGGGUGCCCUCCUGGACGCGGGGCCUCUGGGACGCUCGCUGGGGGCAGGUGCCAACAUGCUCACGGCACCCCUGGCACGCACCUUUCCACCUGCUGCGCCCCACGACGCCCCAGCCGCUGGCACCACCUGUGAGCUGCUGGCCCUGCCGAAGGCCAGCAGCAAACCCUUUUGCGCCUGAUGUGGCCAAUGCCUGAGCCAGGAGGGACCUAGCGCCCAGGCCCCUGGCAUGGACUCGUCCCUCCCAAUUUCCAAAGGAAGGCAGGAAUGCCACCAAGGUCAAGCCCCAGCCCUCCGGUGGGGGCGUCGGGACUCGGCCUCUUGGGACCAUGGACAAGCACCACGCGCUGUCACACCAGACGCUCGGACCCCACCUGGUC